AUGCAUUCCAAGCUCUUGGCUGCUUCACUUCUUGGUAUUGGUGCCGUUGCCAUCCCUCUUGAGGGGGCCAUGGAGAAACGCAGCUGUCCCGCUAUCCACGUCUUCGGUGCCCGUGAAACCACUGCCUCUCCUGGCUAUGGUUCCUCCAGCACCGUCGUCAAUGGCGUCCUCAGUGCCUAUCCAGGCUCCACCGCCGAGGCAAUCAACUACCCAGCAUGCGGUGGACAGUCCUCGUGUGGAAGUGUCAGCUAUUCCAGCUCGGUCGCCCAGGGCAUCGCAGCUGUUGCAUCGGCUGUGAAUUCGUUCAAUUCCCAGUGCCCAAGUACGGAGAUAGUCUUGGUUGGAUACUCCCAGGGUGGCGAGAUCAUGGACGCUGCUCUGUGCGGCGGCGGCGAUCCCAACCAGGGAUACACCAACACCGCUGUACAGCUCUCCGCAUCCGCUGUCAACAUGGUCAAAGCUGCCAUUUUCAUGGGUGACCCAAUGUUCAGAGCGGGACUGUCGUAUGAAGUUGGCACUUGUGCGGCUGGCGGUUUUGAUGAACGCCCGGCUGGCUUUAAUUGCCCUUCGGCUAGUAAGAUUCAGUCUUACUGCGAUGCUUCAGAUCCGUACUGCUGCAAUGGUAGCAAUGCAGCCACUCACCAAGGCUACGGCGCUGAGUAUGGAUCUCAGGCGUUGGCCUUUAUCAAGAGCAAGCUAGGUUAA